UAUAUAUUCCUAUGUUCCAGAUAUUCAACACAAAACCCAUUGACAUCUAUGCUCUUCAUCUAAUCUUCAGAAAAUUUGAAACUGGAAGAUUAAACACUGCACAUUGGAUCAUGGCAAAAACAUUCUGGUUUGAAAGAACAGAACUGAGGACAUUUUCUGAUGAAGAAGAUCAGUUCAGAACUCCUUGGAGAGAACUCCUCCAAGAAGAGGAGAAAUGUAUCAUUGACAAUUUAUGGAAUAUGAGUUCUCCCCAGGCAAAAGCUAAACAAGUAGCUUGCAUCAAGGCUCUUGUAAGCUACUUUUGUUUGGGGAAACAUAAGAAACCAUUCACUUGUUAUGUUCUGUAUACUGGUCCUAAGGCCGGGGUAUACUUAACAUGGGAAGAAUUGGUUCCUUUUAAGGAAGAACUUGAAAUAUCUAUGAGAUAUGGACAACCCUCAUAUAAGGGAUUCUAUGAUAUUGAUGAGGCCAUCAAAUCCGCAUUUCAAAUUUGCGGAAAAGAUAUCAUCAUCUCUCCUGAUGUGAAGAGAUAUCAGGAAUAUUUGAAAGUGUUAAAAACAUCUUUUGAUCAAGAAUUUCCAAACAAAACUGGGAAUUCACCUCGUACACGUGUUCUAGCAUCUUCUCCUUCCCUUCAAAAGAGGGAAAAUUCAGAAGAUAAGCCUUCAUCUGGUCCCACACCAUUACCUGUGAAACUUGAAGCUCCUCCUCAAACUUCUUCUUCAAAGGGAAAAGGAGUACAACCGGUCUCAGACCAUUUACCAGCACAAAUUUCAACAGUCAUUCCUACAGGUACUAAUGAGCCAACAUUUCAUACAUUUUGUCUUCUCCAAGAGUUUCUAGCCCAAGUCACUAACACUCUAGGGAUUUCCACUUCCUGGGAAUUUGAAUUCGCUUACAACCCUUUCAAAUUUUGUUCAAGCCAGUUUGACAGUUGCCCAGAAAACAAGGGCGGGCAGUGCUAUUGUAAAUUGGAUUGGGGAAUUAGAAAGGCCAAUAUUCACAUUCCUUCAUUCAAACCCUUGAGGUUCAGAGGCUACCCGGUAACCAUUCAGACUUUAAUCCAACACGGAUUAAUUGAUUCUAUUUUCUUUCCACCAUCAAUCACUGAUUUCUCAGAGUAUUUUCCAGAAAUUUUAGCAGAGACAUUCGAACAAAUAGUCCUGGUAAACCCUAGAAAAACCCAAUUAAAAUUUCUGUCUCUUUACCCAGAUUUUGAACAAAACAUUCCAUCAUUCCAUCUGAUAGAUGCCUCCUUCCAAGGCAUAGAUGAUGAAUAUACAGACUUCCCAGUCCAAAAUAUUGGACCAAAGACUAUUCAAAUUGAAGAGCCAUUGCAGACACAAUUGGAUCUGGUUCGAGCUAAAAUUAUUGCCAAUGAGUUUGGAUGGACAAGACAAAAAUUUGAUACAAAAAAACUGGUGAGAGAGGAUAGAUCUGUAAAAAUUUAUUGUGAUUCAAGCAUUGCAUCACAAGUCUUUUUUCCUUUCAAUGUUGAACAUUCUAGACCCAGGCGGGUAGAGUUAUACCGCAAUCAAAUGCGAAGGCAAGGCAGUUCAUCAUUUGGAUCAAGACCGUCUUCUUUUGACUCAUCCAAAAGAAGUAGAUUGGAAUCUAGAUCGCCAAGUGCAACUUCUGGCAAAGCAAUUGGAAGUCAACAUCAGCCGUAACUUUUGACAUUUGGGCUCUGAAGGAGACUAAAGGGUGAUGAAGUGAUAACUACUUUUGAAAAAUAUGGCUAAGAAAGGGCAUGAUAUGUAUAAACACUGUCUUCUCUGUGUUUGUUUUGCUUUCUGUCUGCUUUGGGUUUGUUUAGUUUUGUUGUCUGAUCUUGUUUUCUCUUAAAUAGAAACUGUCUUCUUGAGGUUUAAUUGGUUUUUGCUGUUGAUUUUCUUCCUUUUGCCUUCUUUGGUUGUUCGUUUCAUUUGUUCUUCUGGUUCGUGUGCACCAACACCACGAUGAUUUAUCUUCAAUGGGAUAAGAUUACCUGGCUA